UUGUUUGCAUGGUCAAUAUGGAGCUUACACUUUGGCACUAAUCUCAUUCGUCAAAAUAAUAGCAAUGAAAGUCUGCUUAAGACUUAUGCCAUUACGCAGGUACGCUUAUCUUUUAGACAGUUAUACGCUUUUUCACAAAAUUUUCUUCCCGAUUCUAUUCUUCUUGAGACGCCGCUUGGUAGAAUCAAGUACACACAUGUGCCUUUUCUAGCUGUUCUGUCUGUAUCAGUUUUCUCUUUAGCAGGCGUGAUGAGUUCGGUUGUUGUGCUGCAGUGUGUUCUCGCCGUACAGAUUUCAUGGACUUACUUGCGAUUUUUUAAUCCACAUGAGAUGGAUUCAAUCUAUGGUGACAGCAGCGAUCAUUUUGUUUGGGCCAGUUUGUUUCCGCGAAUAAUACAACCGUUCUGCACAGUUCUUGGAAGGAUUUGCUUUAGAAUUCUUGUGAAGCUGGGUGUUUGCAAGAGA